UGAUAACAAAUUCGCGACAGCUCCCGUAUGUAACUUCGCGGGCUGCGUUAACAAAAAAUGGAAACUGAAAUGGAAACGGAAACGAAGCCUGACGUGAAUUUAAGUAAGCUAAGCUCUACAAACGGUCGCAUCAACGUGAAAGUGCAAGCGCAGGAUGGAGGUACGGUCCAUUUCGUAGUCAAGAGAACAACACCAAUGAUGAAGCUUAUGACAGCGUAUUGUGACAGAAAGGGCAUUCAGAUGAAUAGUAUUCGUUUUGUAUUUGAUGGCAAUCCGAUUACUCCUGAGAACACACCUGAUCAGCUUGCCAUGGAAGAAGACGACUGUAUUGAAGUCUACCAGUCUCAAACUGGCGGGAAAGUCUGAAGCCGACAUUGGGCCACUUGUUUGCUUUAGUUUAAUUUUGCCCUACCGUACUACUAGAAUAGUCCAUAAACAGUAGAGAUGUAUUGCAGUAUAGACUUCUUCUUAGUUAAUACUGUAAACCUUAAAAGAGUAUUGUUGUUUUGAGAUUAAG